CUCUUUCUUUCAAAUUCUCUUCCAUUUGAAGGGUUUCAUUUUUUCGUUUUAGAAAACCAAGAAAUGGAAGAAACUAUCCAAGAUGUAGUUCGACCAGGAUGUAAGAACAGAGAGAAUCUACACUCUAUUAUCUCCAAGAUUUCCGAGAAUGCGACUACGGAAGAGCUGCCAGCUAUGACUGAUAAUGGUAAUGAUGAUGAUGUACCUUACGAAGUUUCCCUUGAUAACCCUCCCAUUGGCAAAAGAAAAGCAGAUGUUGACGAAGAAGAAAGUCGAAAACAACUUAAACUAGAUGAUGACAGUGAACCUGAUCCAUCUCCAUAUACUGGUGGAGAAACUUUAGAAAGUGUGCAAAUCUUUCAUGACUUCCCAUUGGAUGGGCAAGGGACUCMUUCAAUUACUACCACUCAGCACCAUGUUGAUUUAGAACCUCUACCUAUAUAUACUGAUGUCCCAAUACAUACAACACAAGAUACGCAACAGGACACCCCAGAGGAUACACCACAGGACAGUCCACAUGGCAGUAAUAAUGAAGAUAUAGCUGAAGAAGGUGGUGUUCUGAGUGAUGAAGAAAUGAAUCAUAUGCACCAAGUUGGUUUGAUUCCAACAAAGAAAGUAAGAGAAGAACCAGUCACAAUAAAUCCUGAUAUACCAAUACCAGUGCAAUUCUUGCGGCGACUGGAGGACUUAGAAAAAGAGGUUCGCCAGCUACAAAAUAAAAACCGAGCACUUGAAGAAUCWUACAAAAAACUCAAUGACUUAGUAGAAGCACARAAUCACCUUCUAACCAGUGGGGGUACAAUGAUGCAGAGAAUGCCUAUGCCAGCUUGCACACCACAACAAACAAGAGAAGAUUGCGUCAGCAUUCCAGCUGAAACUCAACCCACAGAUAGAAAGGUGAUUGCCACUGCAUCUAUCCCCAGCUAUGUUACUUCACACUCAGACACAAUAACCAUGACAGAUUAUACAAGGGUACARAGCUCAUCUCCAGUCUCAACAAAGCAAAAUGGAGUUAUACCAUUUGAAYUGCCACGGAGAGUUUCAGCAAGAGAAGUACUCCAUUUAUGGGAGUAUGGUUGUGAUGAUUUCCCGCCUUUAAAAGACUGGACACCUACUCAGAAAUUGCGCCAGCAAAGUAAGAUUUCCAGGUGGAAGAAACUAGUGGACAUCUUUCAAAAUGGUUACGGUGGAGAUUGGAGCAAAUUUGAGAAGAGUUUCUCAGAUAGCAAGGGUGAAGUUUUACCUGUGACUACAAUUCUCUCGUUGUUUGAAACUCAGCAAACUCCUGCAUUUUUACUGUCUAAUACACCAACAAAGGAAAAUGGUGCCCACAGUCCUACCAGAUACAGAGUUGAUGAAGAAGAGAGGGCACCAAGACUUUACAUUGAAGAUGACAGCCAGAUGUCAGACACCUCGUUGGAUAGCCAUAAACGAACAGCAUCCGAUCAAGCACCAAGGGAAAACACACCAAACAAAGCAGAUUCUUCAGUAGAAAUACGAUACACUUUACCAAGAAAAGUUACUCCUAAAGAUAUUGUCCAUUUAUGGGAAAAUGGAUGUGAAGACUUUCCACCUGUUGGCAAUUGGUCCAGAGCACAACGAAUUGGCCAGGAAACUAAGAUCUUUCGUUGGAAGAAGAUUGUGGAUAUUUUCAUCACUGAUUGUCAUCGUAAUUGGGAUUACUUUGAUAGGAAGUACUGCAAUGAAAGAGGUCUUCCCCUUCCUAUCUCAGCCAUUAUUUCAAAGUACGAUGCUGAGCAUGUUGUACAAGGACCUGUAUUUGACAAAAUCGAGCCAAGAAGAAAUUCUGUGAUUUCAAGUUUUACCUCCAGUUCUUCCUUCAAUGGGUCAGGGAAUGCAGAGACUGUGAUUGUUAAGGCAGAACACACCAUGGAGCCAGUGGAAGUCAAGAUUGAAAUCCCAAAUCUUGGUGAUGCMGAGGAUGUCUUCUCAUURGGRCCRCCUGGACACAAUACCUUUGGAACUCAUGAUUCCUUCACCAGCAAUGGUGGUGAUGCUAGCAGCUCUUUUCAUCCUAGGAGAGAUGACAGRUACAUCCUUCCUCGUAAAGUCACAGCUAAGGAUGUCAUCAAGAUGUGGGAGACAGGAUAUGGGGAUAUACCACCCCUAUCUACUUGGAGCCCUGCCCAGAAAUCAGGUCAGCGCAGUAAGUUUUCACGCUGGGCUAAGAUUUAUGACAUCUACAAGUAUCGAUGCAAUGGCAACAUGGAAGAGUUUGAUAGAACCUUUACUGAUGAAAAAGGUGAAUUGCUUCCAAUCACUACAAUAGUAGCCAUGCAUGAUGCUAGAGACACAGGCUCCAGUAGCAGUAUGUGUUUUAGCCCCACAGGUGUGGUCCAGGAAGCACCUGAUGGCUCCAAGAUUGAACUUUACCAAUUACCACGUAAAGUCUCUGCCAAGGAUGUGGUACAGUUGUGGGAAGAAGGAUGUGAUCGCUUUCCUCCAGUGUCGACAUGGCCAAAAAUCCACCGUGUUGGCCAUGAAACAAAGCUGUUCCGAUGGAAGAAGAUUGUGGAUAUUUUCAGAAAGGACUGUAGCGGAAGUUGGCCCAGGUUUGAGGAACGUUUUUCAAAUGCUAAAGGUGAACUAUUACCAAUCUCUGCUAUUCUUGCUAAAUAUGAUCUCGAAAAUGAGCCUGUCACAUACUACAAGCCAAUGAAUAUAAAUGGUUCUGUUGGCUCUGUUGGUUCUGUUGGCUCUGUUGGCCCUGUUAGGCAGCUUCCCUUGGAGAAACCCACCCUUGUUGGCCCAACAAUGGCUGACAUCCAAGAUCUAAACUCAAACCAAACAGAAUCUGCUGAUGACGACUCAGUCGACAGCAAAGUCACCUCACCAUCUGGAUUACAUCCCGCACCAGAAUUUAUUCUCCCAAAGAGAGUAAGUGCUUUAGAUGUUAUCUACUUCUGGGARAAUGGUCUAGGGGACAUGCCACCAGUGUGUCAGUGGACGCCACAACAAAAAGCCAGUCARCGAAGCAAGAUUUCAAGAUGGAAUAAAAUAGUGGAUAUUUUCAAGUAUGAAUGUGGUGGGGACAUUCGUCAAUUUGAAGAGAAGUACAAGGAUGAACGYGGGGAGUUAAUGCCCAUUACAACCAUAAUUAAUCUACACGAUGCACAGGACAAACCUUGGGAAGUAGAGUGAACAUAUUUAUAUGUACUCAUUUUAUACCUUUUUUACCAAGAUCCAAUAGAGUUUUUUAUCAAURUAGACUCCAGUGAGCAUUUCAUGCAAAGACUUAUUCUUGCUGACAUAUUUUCUACUUUUUUGAGUGACAAUUUAUUGUAAUAUUAUGCAUGUUAAAUAGUUAACAUAGGGCCAGUGUGUUUUUUUUUAAGAUUCUAGGUCAUUUGUCUAGUUACUGCAACGGGGCUGGAACAUGGCAAUCAGUUGUAGCUUUGCARAAUAGUUCACGGUUGGUUUCGCCAUCAGCACCCUGAUAAGUCUUUUCUUUCAUUUUUUGGAAGACGAAAUKUUUAUAGAGUGAACUAUUAUUUCUCUUUGGACAGCUUAUUUAUUUUGUGAGAACUUCAUUAUUUUAAAGUGAUGUCUAGAAUUCUUUCAAAAAGCUACACUGGUCCAGUGUAUUUGUACAUAGUGUACAUAUGAGUGUGGUCAAAUCUAGAACAAGAAUGAUUCGUAAACAUAAACAUUUUGUGCAUGUAUUUAAUUUGGCCAGUUGUAUUUGUACAACCUUUUUAUUUUUUGCAAAGAGCACUUUUAGAACAAAUAUUAUUUUAAGGUGCUAUGUGUGAUGGAGCACAAGGUCUAGUUGCAUAGCUAGUCAUAUUUUUUGUGUAUAUUAUACAUGUUKUACAUGGACAACUUUGGAUUUGCACAGCUGCAGUCAUAUUUUUUGUGUAUAUUAUACAUGUUUUACAUGGACAACUUUGGAUUUGCACAGCUGCAAUUUAGUUGUCUAGUGUUGUAUGUGGUUUACCAACCAUGACAAUAAGCAAUCAUAUAUUUUUUUAUUUUCUAUUAUAAUAAUUUGAUCUGUAUUUCAUUGCAUAGUCACCAGAAUAGUAGGCAAAGAGCCCUGCACUGAUGCCCAUGUAAUGAAAAGAGAGUGACAUGUAUACAUGCCUAUAUUACUAAUGUGUCCAGAAUAUAUUACUGUAUAUACCAGCAUAAUGUGAUUUCAACCAUUUAUCAUAUAUUUUUUCAUUCAACUUUUGUAGACAAAUCAAUUUUUAAUUA